GGCGUCUGUCCCACGCUCAUUUGAUAGGGGAUAUGGCUCACUGUACUCACCUCACAGGGACUAGUCGGGGGGCAGAACGCCAGUUUAAUUUGGCAGCUAUGGGCGCUGCCUCUGGGGUGAGCCCUUGGGAGUCUAGGGAGACGGCACUGCCACACCCUUAGGGCUAAGUACUGCAGCCCGCUGGUGUUUGAGGGGAUAGGGCCGAGCCUGGACAGAGGGUUGGCCAGGGAGGCCACCGGGCCCGGGAGAGGGGAGAGCAGAGUUUGCCCCUGAUGGACACAGCGAGACUGUGCCCCAGAGGAGCAGCCGCUGCUGCAGUAUCCGCGGGAGCCACCCCCAGGCCUUCACCGUGGGGGCAGGCUCGGGCCGGCCGGGGCUGCGCUGUUUCUCAGGCAGCUGCUUGGCCACCUCUGCUCCUGCUAGGCCCCGGCUCGGGCGUUGCUUGGCAGAGGGACGCCAGCUCUGCGGGGAGGAGGCCGGUCGGCGCUGGGUGCGGGACGUGUCCAGGUCCGAGUCCGCCCCGCACGGCAAGAUGGGGCUGGAGAUGGAGCCGCUGCUCCAGGCCUGGAGCUACUUCAGGAGGCGGAAGUUCCAGCUCUGCGCGGAUCUCUGCUCCCAGCUGCUGGAGAAAUCCCCCGGACAGCAGGAACCUGAUUGUGAAUUCACAGUUUCUCAGGAGUUGGCAUUGGUUCAGCUACACUGAUGUCUAUACCAGCAAUUUGCUGAAAUUGGAGGCUGCUUGGAGUUUGAAAACACGAGCUCUAACGGAAAUGGUUUAUGUGGAUGAAAUUGAUAUAGAUCAGGAGGGAAUAGCAGAGAUAAUUCUUGAUGAAAAUGCCAUUGCUCAAGUUGCACGCCCAGGAACUUCUUUGAAACUCCCUGGAACCAGUCAGGGUGGAGGUCCCAGCCCAGCUGUUAGGCCAGUGACUCAGUCAGGAAGACCUGUUACAGGGUUUGUGCGACCCAGCACACAAAGUGGACGACCAGGCACUAUGGAACAGGCUAUAAGAACUCCUAGAACCGCUCAUACUGCUCGCCCAAUUACUAGUGCUUCUGGAAGAUGUGUCAGACUAGGAACGGCCUCUAUGCUCACAAAUCCAGAGGGUCCUUUCAUAAACUUGUCUAGAUUGAAUUUAGCAAAAUAUGCUCAAAAACCAAAGUUAGCAAAGGCAUUGUUCGAAUACAUUUUUCACCAUGAAAAUGACGUUAAGAAUGCUUUAGAUUUGGCAGCACUUGCCACAGAGCAUGCACAGUACAAAGACUGGUGGUGGAAAGUCCAAAUUGGGAAAUGCUACUAUAGGUUAGGAUUGUACCGUGAAGCAGAAAAACAAUUUAAAUCAGCUCUCAAGCAGCAAGACAUGGUAGAUACAAUACUGUAUUUAGCAAAAGUGUAUUUUCGGUUGGAUCAGCCUUUGACAGCUUUACAUCUUUUCAAGCAAGGAUUAGAUCGAUUUCCUGGAGAAGUGACCCUUCUUUGUGGGAUUGCCAGAAUCUAUGAGGAAAUGAAUAACAUCUCCUUAGCUGCAGAAUACUACAGAAAAGUCUUAAAACAAGAUAACACUCAUGUGGAAGCCAUUGCAUGCAUUGGUAGUAACCACUUUUAUUCAGACCAACCUGAGAUAGCUUUGCGGUUUUACAGACGUCUCCUGCAGAUGGGUGUUUAUAACUGCCAGCUAUUUAACAAUCUGGGCCUCUGUUGCUUCUAUGCCCAGCAGUAUGAUAUGACACUGACCUCCCUUGAACGUGCACUUUCUUUGGCUGAAAAUGAGGAGGAGGCAGCAGAUGUUUGGUACAACUUGGGGCAUGUGGCUGUGGGAAUAGGUGACCUGAACUUGGCUUACCAGUGUUUCAAGCUGUCCCUAGCCAAUAAUAAUGACCAUGCAGAAGCUUAUAACAACUUGGCUGUGCUGGAGCUACGAAGGGGUCAUGUUGAGCAGGCAAGAGCAUUGCUGCAGACCGCUUCAUCUUUAGCACCUCAUAUGUAUGAGCCCCAUUUCAAUUUUGCAGCACUUUCUGACCAGGUUGGAGAUCUCCAGAGGAGUUAUAUAGCUGCUCAGAAGUCAAAGGAAGCAUUUCCAGGUCAUGUUGAUACACAACAGCUCAUCAAACAGUUAAAACAGCACUUCGCCAUGCUUUGAUGCUAUAUUUCUGUCAUGUAAAAUAGCUCAAAUGAUUUUACAUCUGAGAUACUACAAAAUACAUUUUACAAAAUGAUAGCUGAGAAUUUAAUAGGAACAAACCCUCCUUCUUAAAAGGCCUGUGUUUGGUUUGGGUACCAGGGAACAUUUAAAAAAUUCUGAACUGACUUGUAACAGUACGCAAGACAUUUCACUUUUUACAUGUGGCUAGAACAUACAUUGUAUUUAUUUCUGAGUAAAGAAUAAGAUAUUGCAACUAUCUGAUAAUAGUGUCAGGCAAUUCGCCAUUUAAUAUUCAGGAAGCAUUUUAAAGGAUUUUUUCCUGACGUUUUGGCAAGUUUUUAAUGUUCCUCUUUGACAGUGCAGCAUUAAGGCAAAAAGGUUUCAUGUCUGUCUUUCCAGCAUGGCUUUUGAUACUGUACAUUCUUACUGAUUAGUUUGUGUAUUAAGUUCUUAUGAGUACAGUUUAUGAAUAAAUUCCUUGUUAUUUGAA